AUGCCGCAACUCCCAUACCCAACGAGUCGGGACGUCAUCAUCGGUGGUUCCGACGACGAGGACGAUGACGGCUCGGACGAUGACUCCCUGCCCGACAUCUUCGCCGUGCACAAGCGCCCGUCUCCGGUGCCGACUCCCCGGAGGGAGAACCCAUGCGUGACCCCCAAGGCCAAGAGGACGGCCAUGGAGUUCCACUCCUCGCCCUUGACCAUCAUGCCAAAGCACAAGUAUGACAUGAAAGCACUCAUCAGCCAUGCACGGAAGGACGACGCUGCUGAGGCUAGUGCCCAGAGACUCACCGCCCUGAGGGACAGGGACAGGGAGGAGGAAGAGUCAAAGGAUAUUGCCGCGGCUCUGAGGGACCAUAUUCUCGAGUCCCACGACGGCAAUGAUGAAGAGGGGGCUCGGAGCAAGAUGAAGCUGGUCAGAGCUCUGGAAAGAGCAGAGGUUGCGAACGCGGAGAAACGCUUCUACUUCUUCGAUCUCAAGGAGUCGGACUCUUCCGCGGUGAGCCGGACGCCGUUCCCGAAGACAGCUGCGAAGGGAGUGUGGUCAUUCUUGCGAGAUCCGAAAGAGAGGCAGUCAAAUUUCAUUGUUGGACAACCACAUGUGAUCCAGUCCCGAAAGCAGAACCUGCCAGAUGAGAUCUUCCUCUGGAUUCUAGAUGAGCUCGCCUCCGAGAGAUCAAAUCAGCUGCAAGAUGCGUAUGUGAACUUGCUCGGUCAAUGCCCUCAGCAGGUCCAUCGUCUUCUUGGCCAAGAACGCUUGAUUUCCCUGUUCUCGAACCUCGGAGCAACACAGGAUAUCAAGGACCUAUCAUCACCAAUCAACUUCAUCGAAGAGGCUAGCCAGCCCUACGCUGGGCGAGACUGGUCCUGCCUUCGUGCUACAUUGGCAUUCAUUACCAGAGCGGCAGCUGACCUUGAUGCAAACUCCCUUACAGUAGCAAUGAAGAUUCUUUUGCGGCUGGCCAUGGACACUUCUCUCAUGGAUGGCAACUACAUUCGCACAGCGUAUCAAUUAGCGGUACAGGCGUUAAUACCAAAUGUUGCCGGGAGUGCUUGGGACAAGUUUUGCGAAGAAGCAUGCACGUCUCUUCACAAUGCUGUGCAAGAUCCGAGCAUGCUAUACUUGCCGUUGGCCUACAUGGAUCCCAGCGUACCCAGGGUCCAUGAGCUGAGGAAGCGAAUGGCCACCGCUUACUUCUUUGACGACCUCACCCGAGUAAAUCUACAGCCAGGCGCCUUCAGCAUUCGGGCAGUAAUCGAUAGGCUCAGGGCGGACGAGUUCAUUGUUGAUGCCCAAACGAAAUACCACGAACUACACGCAUUAAUUAAGCUGCUUGACUGGGCCGUAGAUGACGGCUCAAGGUGGUCGUAUGACACGCCGGCAUCACAGGCGCAAUUCGACGCUGAAAUCGACGAGCUGUCAAAGAUCUUCAAGAUCAUGCUGAGCCGGAUGAACCCUAAUGAUAAGGGCAUUCACACACUGAGGAUAGAUACCAAAACCACGAUCGAAUGGGUCCUCGACCGGCUCGUCCAUUCGAUACGCACGAAACCACGGCCGAAGGUUAGUAUACUAGACGCGUCAGACAAGGAGGACCCCUUCCUGCCGAAGCAGCAGGAAUACAUGAAGAAGUUCCUUCUACCCAAAAAGGAGAAGAAGGUAGCCGAGGUCGGCAGUUAG